ACAACCAGAUCAAAAAGCCCUAAAUAUUCCGAUUCUGUUAUCAGUUGUCUUCUUCUCCAAGUGUGUCUUACACAAUUUCAAUUCGUGGAUAAAAAUGGCUUUGACGAACUUCAUUCUGACAGUGGCCGGAGUGAGCGCGGUGAUACUUUUGCUGAGGAGCGACGUGAAACAGAGUGCUACGAUCUUCAAGAGAAACGUUCGUCAGAUUCGCCACUGGCUUGAAGAAGAGUCUGCCUCUGCCGUCAAGGAAAUGGAGAAGGCGAAACCCAAGGAGUUGCCCAAGAAAGAUAUUCCUAAAAAUGACUAGAAAAAGGGAAAUGGAGAAGGCAAAAAACCGAAGGAGUUAUUAUUUUUCCUCAGGAUGGGAGUUAAUAUGGUAGAACUGCACACUCUUCCAUUUUAUUUUAGAUUUGACCAUCUAUUUUGUAUAAAGUUCUGAUGGAUUUCAAUUUUUAAACAUCUCUGUUUUGUUUCUCUUAGCUCAUUAGUUGGUAUUUCAUAUUAAGCUAUGUGAUAUGUCGAGAAGAAAGUUACACCUUUGUUUGGUGAAGGCUUUUGUUCAUUUUGACACUGUAGCAUAUAUCAAUAAGAUUUUGAGUGCAGAAUGACCUAGAUCGUUGGAAUGCACCUUA